GACACGGAAUAUGCCUUAGAUCUUCAAACUCUUUUUACUAUAUAAACUUAACUAUGAUCGAGAAGGCUCAAGAAGGCCCAACAGUACAAGAUCUGAGCUGCCCAAGGGCUUCACAUUAUACUUUCUAUAUCCAUUCGGGUUUUAAAUACCCCUAAUAAAUCUAAAUAAUUAAGUUUUUCGUAAUAAAACGAUGUCAAUAAAUCGGACCUAAACCAUUUCACUAGCUAGUAAGCUCUAACUUAAUACGUAGCUGUACUCAAACCCCCGUUUAAAUGAUAAAUAACAUACGCCCUUUCCUGUCUUUCAGUAACCCAACACGUCCGCAACUGUGGUCCGCAGAUGUUCCUGAUCAGCCGCAAGGGCGGCACUCUGUUGACCAUCAACAACUUUGUGUACCGCUCCAAUCUUAAGUUCUUCGGCAAGAGCAAUAAUAUCCUGUACUGGGAGUGCGUCCAAAACCGAUCGGUUAAGUGCCGCAGUCGCUUAAAGACCAUCGGCGAUGAUCUCUAUGUAACCAAUGAUGUGCACAAUCACAUGGGCGACAACAAGCGUAUUGAGGCGGCCAAGGCGGCUGGGAUGUUGAUCCACAAAAAGUUGAGUUCCCUCACAGCCGCCGACAAAAUCCAGGUUUCCUGGAAAAUGGACACCGAGGGCAACCCAGACCAGCUGCCCAAGAUUUAGCCGCUUCCUAGACAUUCCCAACCUAAACGUCCGAGUUCUGUUAGGGCUAAGCUAAUGUAUUCUACUAUUGUUCUUGAGCGUAUAUCAUUGAUUUAGACUGAGUGUCCCGAGCCUAGUUAGGAUGGGUAAGUAGCCUGUUCAUCUGGGAUCUCAAAGUACCAUUUUUGUAAUUCUUAAAGUCCCGGGUCAUAUUAUUUAUUUUGUUCUCAUUGCUUAGACGCUUUUGGCCACGGCACUGACUUAAACAAUGGCUUGUGUUACGUACAAAAUAUGAACUCUUAAUAAAAUCAGAUGAGCAUCUAAACGAA